UACGCCAGCUUGACAGUAACAAUAGGAGAUUGCAAUUCACCGGGAGCUGGUGGGAGAUAGCCAACCGAGGACUGGCGAAGAUUGCCGAACAUGACCGAGGCAGGACAUCCGCUUUCACCACUCCAGUGCUGGAGAGUAUGCUCCCCAGAUAGUGUCUCAGGCAGGAUGUCCUCAGGUCAGCUGUCAUCUUACAUCGCCGUGCUCUGUGUUCUCCUUGGUUCUACCUCUUUGUGUUAUAGAAAGGAGAGCUAUACAGAGAUACAGCGCUACGAUGGCUGGUAUAACAAUCUGGCACACCCCGAUUGGGGUUCAGUCGAAUCGCAGAUGACACGAAAGACUCCUGCUGCCUACUGGGACGGUGUCUACAUGAUGGCCGGCGAAGACAGACCUUCUGCAAGAAACCUCUCCUCCACCUUCAUGAAGGGAAGAGACGGCCUCCCUUCCCUGUCCAAUAGGACAGCUCUUCUCGCCUUCUUCGGGCAGGUAGUUUCUUCUGAGGUGGUGAUGGCUUCCGAGUCAGGCUGCCCUAUCGAGGUUCAUCAGAUCCCAAUCGACCCGGGAGACGAGAUGUAUGAUCCGGAAGGAAAGGGUGGCAGGUCCAUCCCUUUCCAUCGUGCCAGCUACGACCCUUCGACAGGUCAGAGUCCCAACAGUCCCAGGGAGCAGAUAAAUCGGGUAACAAGUUGGAUCGAUGGAAGCUUUAUCUAUUCUACCAGUGAAGCCUGGCUAAGUACGAUGAGGUCAUACAAGAACGGCACUCUAUUAACAACACCAAAUGGCAAAUCUCCUGUGAAGAAUACUAUGAGGGUUCCGUUGUUCAACCAACCUGUUCCUCAUGCAUUGAGAACACUAAGCCCCGAGAGGUUGUUUUUAUUGGGAGAUCCUCGCUCAAAUCAAAACCCUGCUUUGCUUGCUUUUUCUCUCUUGUGGUUCCGGUGGCAUAAUACUGUUGCUGCUAAAGUCCAGACUGAUCACCCAGAUUGGCCAGAUGAAGAAGUAUAUCACCGAGCAAGAAGGAUAGUUAUCGCUAACCUACAGAAUAUAAUAGCAUAUGAAUAUUUGCCAGCUUUCAUCAACAGGCAGUUGCCUCCAUACCAAGGGUACAGGCUCGACACACACCCUGGAAUAUCUCAUGUCUUUCAAUCAGCCGCUUUUAGAUUUGGUCAUACGCUCAUUCCACCAGGCAUUUACGUGCGAGACGGCCAGUGCAAGUUCAAGAAAUCGAUGGGUCAUCCUGCUCUUCGACUUUGUGCCCAUUGGUGGGAUUCUAGUGACUUAUUUGCUGAAGAAAACAGCCUAGAAGAGAUGCUCCUUGGAAUGUGCUCUCAGCUAGCCGAGCGCGAGGAUACAACUCUUUGCUCAGACGUUCGAGAUCGUCUUUUUGGCCCAAAUGAGUUCUCUAGAAGGGAUUUGGGAGCUCUUAAUAUUAUGAGAGGCAGAGACAAUGGAGUACCUGACUACAACACGGUGCGGUCUUACUUUAGGCUAUCAAGGCAUAAGAAGUUUUCCGACAUCAAUCCUAAAUUGUUUGAGAAUGAUCCAGAUCUAGAACUGAGACUGCAGAGAGCAUAUGGAUCAAUAGAUAAUAUUGACUUAUACAUUGGAGGAAUGUUGGAGUCAGAUGGUGGCCCAGGAGAACUUUUCACAGAGAUUAUUCUUGACCAAUUCACAAGACUGAGGGAUGCUGAUAGAUUUUGGUUUGAAAAUCUUGAAAAUGGAAUUUUCACAAAAAGUGAGAUAGAGGAAAUACGAAAAAUAAGAUUGUACGAUGUAAUAGUGAAUGGAACCGAUAUCGAGCCCGAUGAACUUCAAGAAAAUGUUUUCUUUUUUGUGGAAGGAGAUCCCUGCCCACAACCUCAGCAGUUAAACACAUCUAUGCUUGAACCUUGCUCGUUUCUUAGAGAGUAUGAUUAUUUUGAGGGAAGUGAACUUGCUUACGUGUACGCUUGCGUAUUCCUUGGACUUGUCCCACUGGUGACCGCAGGUGCAGGCUAUGGUGUUGUUAAACUUCAAAACCGGCGGAGAAGGCAGCUUCGAAUGAAGCAAGAGGAAAUCAAGUCUGGGAACAAAGCAUCACCAACAACUGUAGACAAAAUGGCUGUUAGAGAAUGGCUGCAUGCGAAUCAUAGAAGAGUUGUAAAGGUAAGAUUUGGUCCUGAAUCAUUUCUUCAUACCGUAGAUAGGAAAGGAGAAAAGUUAAGAUCCGUCAACUUUAAGAACACUGAUACUGUUACAGUCGAAGAGACAAUUGCACCAGAACGAGGGAAAAAGAAACGUCCAAUGGUACUUAUCAGAAUCCCUCGAGAUCAUGAUCUUGUUUUGGAAUUUGAUACAUUGUCAGCACGACGCAAGUUCAUUAACAAACUAGAUUCUUUCCUUACUUCACAGAAAAAACAUCUUGUUAUUUUGGAGGCUGCCCGUGAAGUGAUGCUGUCUAAAGCAGAAACAAAGGAAAGACGACAAAAGCGGCUUGAGCACUUCUUCCGUGAAGCUUAUUCGUUGACUUUCGGUCUUAAACCGGGUGAAAGAAGAUCUUCUGGUCCAGCAGCUGAUGGUGAAGUAGUCAUGAGGACAUCGUUGUCCAGGGCUGAAUUUGCUAAUGCUCUAGGAAUGAAAGCAGAUGAUGUGUUCGUUCGAAUGAUGUUUAAUAUUGUAGAUAAAGAUGGUGAUGGAAGAAUCUCAUUUCAGGAAUUUCUCGACACAGUCGUGCUAUUUUCUCGAGGUAAAACAGAAGACAAAUUGCGUAUUAUAUUUGACAUGUGUGACAAUGAUCGAAAUGGAGUUAUAGACAAGGGUGAGCUUUCAGAAAUGUUACGCUCACUCGUCGAAAUAGCUCGGACAACUUCCCUGUCAGAUCAACAUGUUACUGAUCUUAUCGAGGGCAUGUUCCAGAAUGCAGGUCUUCAAGAAAAAGACUUCCUUACGUAUAAUGAUUUUAAACAUAUGAUGAAAGAAUACAAAGGUGAUUUUGUUGCUAUUGGUCUUGAUUGCAAAGGUGCAAAGCAGAAUUUCCUUGAUACAUCAACUAAUGUUGCUAGGAUGACAAGCUUCCACAUUGAACCAAUACUGGAUGAUGAAAAACAUUGGCUGAAACUGAAAUGUGACGGUAUUGUCACAUUUUUAGAAGAAAAUCGACAAAAUAUAUUUUACCUAUUUAUUUUUUACGUUAUCACCAUCGCUCUUUUUGUUGAAAGGUUUAUACAUUACUCCUUCAUGACAGAGCACACAGAUCUGCGCCAUAUCAUGGGCGUUGGGAUCGCCAUCACAAGAGGAUCGGCCGCUUCGCUUUCCUUUUGCUAUUCACUUGUGCUGCUGACUAUGUCAAGAAAUCUACUUACGAAGCUGAAAGAGUUUCCUAUACAGCAAUACAUACCUUUAGACUCUCACAUUGUAUUCCACAAGAUAGCAGCAUGUACUGCUUUGUUCUUCUCACUGCUGCACACGGUCGGCCAUAUCGUUAACUUCUAUCAUGUCAGCACUCAGCCUCUGGAGCACCUCCACUGCCUCACGUCAGAAAUGCACUUUCCAUCGGACUACAGGCCUGGCAUAACCUUCUGGCUUUUCCAAACAGUUACUGGAAUAACUGGGGUACUACUCUUUGUAGUGAUGACGAUAAUAUUUGUUUUUGCUCACCCAACAAUCCGUAAAAGAGCAUACAACUUUUUUUGGUCAACGCAUAGCCUUUAUGUUGUGUUGUACACACUUUGCUUGAUUCAUGGCCUCGCGAGAUUGACUGGUCCUCCACGGUUCUGGCUAUUUUUCAUCGGACCGGGUUUGGUCUAUACACUUGAUAAGGUGGUUUCUGUUCGUACAAGAUACAUGGCCUUGGAUGUUUUAGAAACAGAGCUUCUUCCAUCCGAUGUGAUCAAAAUUAAGUUUUACAGGCCACCUAACUUUAAAUAUUUGUCAGGUCAGUGGGUUCGAUUAGCCUGUACUUCCUUUUCCGACGAGUAUCAUUCAUUCACUUUGACUUCAGCACCACAUGAGAAUUUUCUUUCUUGUCAUAUCAAAGCUCAAGGUCCAUGGACAUGGAAGCUGAGGAACUAUUUCGACCCUUGCAACUUUAAUGCUGAUGUAGAGCAACCAAAGAUCCGUCUUGAGGGUCCUUAUGGAGGUGGAAAUCAAGAUUGGUACAAGUUUGAAGUUGCCGUGAUGGUUGGAGGUGGUAUUGGUGUCACACCUUAUGCUUCCAUUUUAAAUGAUUUAGUGUUUGGAACAUCGACAAAUCGUUACAGUGGCGUAGCUUGUAAAAAGGUCUAUUUUCUUUGGAUUUGCCCAUCUCACAGACAUUUUGAAUGGUUCAUAGAAGUCUUGAGAGAUGUUGAAAAGAAAGAUGUGACUAAUGUUCUUGAAAUACACAUUUUCAUUACGCAGUUCUUUCACAAGUUUGAUCUGAGAACUACUAUGCUUUAUAUUUGCGAAAACCAUUUCCAAAGACUGUCGAAAACAAGUAUGUUCACGGGACUGAAAGCAGUGAACCACUUUGGACGCCCUGACAUGUCUUCUUUCCUAAAAUUUGUACAGAAAAAGCAUAGUUAUGUUAGUAAAAUUGGAGUGUUCAGUUGCGGACCUAGACCACUCACUAAGAGCAUAAUGACUGCUUGUGACGAGGUAAAUAAAGGAAGAAAGUUACCUUACUUCAUACACCAUUUCGAAAACUUCGGCUAAUCGUUAAUUUUGUAUAUUAUUGUACAAACAAAAGAUGUGUGGAGCUGUUGUAUAAUUGUUAUAAAUAUAUUUAUAUAGUUUGAAUGUAUGUAUGGUACUUAAGCGAUUGUGCAAUGUAUUUAUUAAGUUUGUAUAAUGAAAAUAUUUUUAACAA